CUUUUAUUUCAGCUCAUGAAACAUUGGACUAACACUUUACAUGUUGCAUUUAUAUUUUUGUUCAGUGUACAUUGUGAGACUGGUUACAGUCGCGAUCAUUGUGCAAAAUCUGCAGCAAUAAAUAUACAUUAUUUAAUGUGUAGGUUUAGCAAAUUUAACUUGGUGGAUUCCUGGUUGGACACAUCUCAGUAACGCACUCUUCUUCUCUUGGUGAUAGGCUACCCCUGUCAAACAGUCUGGAAAAGAGAAUGACCAAAAGGCCAAUAUAGCAUGGGCAGCGCCAUAGACGGCUUCCGAAAUAUUAAAGUGGUCAAACUAGUCAACUGGGUGGGGAUUCCUAUGGGUUGUAGCCUCAAUGGCGCUACCUAUGCUGUCACAGAUACUAUAAUGGCACAGAUAUAAAGAUGGUUCCUCUAUCUAUCUCUAUGUUUUGACCGCAUGGGACUGCCUUCUGGCAUCUAGUGAGCGAGUUCUGGAACGCUGCCUGAUGUGGGCUACUGCGCAAGCCGUGCUUACAGCUGCAGGGAAUAUAUGUCCAGCACUGCGCGCUCUGCGCUCCCACCUGCACAGUCCACUAUGGAACGGAAAAGGGAUGACUGCCACAGGACCGAAGGAAAAAGAAGAGACCACAACCCCCAUCAUGAUGGAUGACAGGAGCGAGAUGAUGUAUAUUCUGGAGAUGCCCCAGAUGCGAGGCGAGGAGGAGAGGCUUCGAACUUUUGAAAACUGGCCGGGCGAUGCACCGGUCACCGCGACCAACCUAGCCAGAGCGGGCUUCUUUUUUCUGGGGCCCGAUGAUAAGGUCAAGUGCUUCUGUUGUGGAGGGAUCCUGAGGCAUUGGGUCCAUGGGGAUAGUCCGAUCGUCGAACACAAUAGACACUUCCCCACUUGUAGUUUGGUAAUGGGUAGAGCCGUUGGGAAUAUCCCACUGUAUGUCGUUCCCGGGUCCCCUUCUGACUCCGUGGACGGUCAGCUGUUGAGCCAGCUGCAGAGGAUGACUGUGGACAACCAGGGGGAGGCCGGGCAGGCUGUUUACCCCGAGAUGGAGUCAGAGGAAUCCCGUCUCACCACCUUCCACAACUGGCCCACCGGUGCAGCGGUCCAGCCCGAUGUUCUGUCGAGGGCAGGAUUCUUCUACACAGGACACGGUGACAACGUGAAAUGUUUCUACUGUGAUGGAGGGCUGAGGAACUGGGAACCUGGAGAUGACCCCUGGCAGGAGCAUGCCAAGUGGUUCCCACGAUGUGACUUCCUGAUCCAGACGAGAGGGCGGGCCUACGUCAGCAACAUACAGGAUACUCACUUCCACAUAGAGACUGUGGGUGUAUCACAGACUCCGGUGUCCAGAGAAAUCAACUCAGAAAAUGAUGUGGUGGGUGGUCUGGGCGUGCCCUCGGCCAUGUUGUCUCCUGUGGUCCAGACCGUGCUCCAGAUGGGGUUUGAGGCUGGCCUGGUGGAGAGUCUGGUCCAGACCAAGUACCUGCUGAACGGCCAGCACUACACCUCCGUGUCUGGCCUGGUCACUGACAUACUGGCAGCUGAGGAGGAGGACCGGACCAGGAGGCCGCAGAGCAGAGGUCAGGGGCUGGUGGAGAGGCAGGGGCUCAGUGCAGGAGGGAUCAGGACACAGACACCCAUCAGAGAAAAAGCAGAGGGCAACCCCGCCCCUGAUGAGCUCCUGCGUCAGCUGCAGGAGGAGCGGACAUGUAAGGUGUGUAUGGACAAGCGGGUUUCCAUUGUCUUCAUCCCCUGUGGUCACCUGGUGGUGUGUAGCGACUGUGCUGCCAGCCUCCGUCACUGCCCCAUCUGCAGAGCCACCAUCAGAGGCAGUGUCCGAGCAUUCAUGUCCUGAAAGCCACACACUCAAGCUUUUGUUUACCUUGGACAAAUGAAGAAAGAUUCUAGAACCCCUCGGAGCAGCCCACAUUAUUCUAUAGGUGCUGUGAGAACGUUCUGAAAAUGUUCCCUGGAUGUUGGAUGCCAGAUCUGACCCACGUUAAAACCGCUCUGCUGUUGAUUUGCCCUGCUCAAAAUACCCUCAAAUUAAAAUGGCCUCGUUUUGGCUGUAAUAGAAGUUGCAUUUAUAUAUAACAAUAAACAGAUAUGCAAUAUCCA